AUGGCCGACAAGCUCCGCGCCCAGCAACAUCUCGAAGCUCUCCAAGCCCGCUACAUCGGCAUCGGCUCGGCCGACACGACCAAACACGAAUGGAGCUCCAACAUCGCGCGCGACUCCUUGUCCUCGUACGUCGGCCACCCGCCCCUACUGCAGUACAUGAGCAUCGGGCUCGGCCAGCCGCGCGAGGUGACGCGGGUGCAGUUGCUCGAGCGGAUGGUCAGGCCUGUGGGGCCGCCGCCUGAGAACCAGGAUUGA